AUGCCCAAAUGCUCACAUUGUAUCAAUUACAAGACGGAAUGCAUUUUCACCCAAGUUGAGAAGAAGCGCAACCCACCGAAAGGAGCGAAAUACAUCGAAGGCCUCGAAAAUCGCCUAGGGCGCAUGGAGUCGUUGUUGCGCUUGUCGGGUCUCUUGUCGGAAGAUGAUGGGGGCAAGACGGAUCUUGGGACGUUAGAGAAACGACUUGCCGAUCGAACGAAUGCGCUCAACGCAGCAAAUGCAGCAAGCGCAUCGAAUACAGCAAAUGCUGCGAAAAGCGCAUCCAAAUCCAUGGCUCAUGCAACCCAGCGCGCCCCAAGUUCCCACCAUACCACUCCCAGGAUGGACUCCAACUCCAGUCCUCAGACGGCCGCUACAUCGCCGGAGUCACAAAAGUCGGAAACUGAAGUUGAAGCCUUGUCGGAUAUGAUGUGUUCUUUGGUGACAAAUAAUUGCGGCGAGACUCGGUACAUAGGAUCCUCAUCGGGAUUCUCUAUAUUCUCACCCAAGGGAAUUCAAUGGGUCAACGAGAAGACCGGCGACACAUCUUUCCAGGACAUGAUAUCAUCGGCGUACGUCGACGACAACAAGUGGAUGUAUUGGAAACCCGAGAUCUUCAGCGAUAUCUUCGCAAGACGUGUCUUCAAACCUCUACCACCAAAAGAAGAAGCUCUCUCACUAUUCAAAGAUUUCUUCGAGAAUUUCAACUGCCUGUUCCCGUUGUUUCACGAAGCCACAUUCAUGCAUCUGGUAGAGCGACAAUACUCGCGCGAUCCCUAUGAGGGUUCGGGCUGGUGGGCCAGCAUAAAUGUUGCUCUGGCCAUUUCUCACAGACUCAGAGUUAUGAGUAACCUGGUACCACAUGAGGAGGACAAGAAGGCCUGGCUCUAUCUGAAAAACGCAAUGGGGGUUCUGACUGAGCUCACAAUGCGCAACACCGAUCUGUUGAGUGUGCAAGCACUCCUGGGCAUGUCUCUAUUCCUACAGGGGACUCCUAACCCACAGCCCGCUUUCUUCCUCGUCGCUGCGGCCAUUCGACUAUCUCACAGCAUCGGUCUCCAUAAACGUGGUUCUGGCUUCGGUCUCAAUCCAGUCGAAGUCGAGCAGCGAAAGAGAGUAUUUUGGAUUGCCUAUCUUUGCGACAAGGACAUUUGUCUUCGGUCUGGUCGCCCGCCAGUACAGGACGACGAUGACAUGAACGUCGAGCUGCCGAGUGAAGACCCACCGGAUAACGUUGGAAACGUACCGUUGGCCGAUGGCAGGAGCAAGUUUAACCUCUUCCGGUCGCUCUGUGAAUUUGCCACCAUCGAAAGCCACGUUUACAAGCGACUUUACUCCGCCAAAGCAUCAAAACAAUCUGACGGCGAGUUGCUCAACACAAUCGGCGAACUCGACAAAGAGUUAGAGGACUGGAAAGAUAGCAUUCCUAUUGAUUUCCGACCCGAAAAUGAGAUUCAAGCCACGCACACGCCGCUCAUCAUUCACGUCGUUGUGCUACAUUUCGCGUACUAUAACUGCUUGACAACGAUUCACCGCAUGUCAGUUCAUCAUGGCUAUUGGACCAGUCGUUUGUCCAAUUACGCCAUCCAAGGUCUCAAUGCUAGGCCUCUGAACCCAAGAGUCUUCUUGUCGGCAGUUCUGUGUGUCACCGCGGCCAGGGCUUCUAUCAAUCUGAUAAAGUAUAUUCCACAGGGCGACUUUGCCUGUGUUUGGUUAAUCCUCUAUUACCCGGUCUCUGCUCUUGUAACUCUUUUCGCGAACAUACUGCAGAACCCCAAUGAUGCUCGUGCGCGGUCAGAUAUCAAAUUAAUGAACGUGGUGGUCAACUUCCUCUCCACUCUAGUGUCCGACGAAUCCAAUGGCAGCAUCAAGCGCAUGCUCGGUCUUUGCGGCGAAUUUGAGAGGAUCGCCAAGGUCGUCUUGGACCGAUCGGAAAAGGAAUCCCACUCUCGCAAGAAACGCAAGACUGCCCCGGAAGACCCAGCAGAACAAGGCGAGGAAGAAUCUCAAUCGAGAACCUCACCGUCCGUCAAACGUACACAACCACCGUCUAACUCGGCAGCCUUUUCACCCUCUGCAUUCACACAUCCCACUGCCGCAGCCCCCUCGCCCAAUCCGGGAAGAUCGUUCUCAGGGGCUACCAUGCCGCCGACAAGUGGCGUCCCUGCAGAUCUCCCAAGCAAUGUUCACUCCAUUUCUGGCAUUGGACAAGAGUUCUCGGACAUGCUCAGCUCUGAACAGAUGGCGGGUGUUGGGUUCCCCGACCAGCCUCCAUUUGGCGCCGCUAGCCCGGGAAUCGCGCCAUUCCAGCAACCAUUCGUCCCUCAGGAUCUAUGGCAAAUGCCUAUGACAAUUGAAUGGGACUGGGCAGACAUGUCCACUAAUUUCCCCCCAUUUGAAGGUGCUGGCCCACCACCGGGGCAGUGA